CAGUAGGUGCAGCCCAGCUGUGUUACAUAGGGAAACGGAACCUCUUCAUACAGAAACCAUGGUGAGGGUACAGCAGUCCUGCAUUUGACGUGUCUCUGUAGCGGCAGCUGAAUGUUUGACUGCAAGAAAAGUCCAGAGCAGAGAGGGCUGACUUCCUCUCAGGGUUUAUCCGAGAUGGAAGGUGAUAACAAACACCAAGGCUGAUAGUGUGGUGAAAGGAGAAAGAAAAUCAUGGCUGACGAACUUGGGCAGUCACCCAAGGGUUGGACUGAAUCUCAAGUAAGCACCUGGCUAAGGUCUUUUGGAGUGAAGGAGCAGUAUAUAGAAAAGAUCUAUGAGGAAGAAGUAGAUGGACAGAUCCUACUUGCACUGGAUGAGGACUUUUUGAAGUCAAAGAUUUGCAUGAAAUCAGGGCCUGCUCUUUUGAUUAUUCAAAAGAGAAAUGAGCUCAUCAGCUCCAAACAGAAGUCUCAAGAGAAGAAAAAGACCACCAGUGGCAAAACAACUGAGUUGGAACAGAAAUCAGUUCAGUGUUUUCCUACAACAACUGAAAGUCCUUCAGCACAGACUCCUCAGAGAGAUCCAAAUGUCUUGAAGGACAGACAAACAGGCCAAGAACAAAGUGUGUUGACGUCAAAGGAAGACUGCAGACCACGCCCAUUUGAUCAAGAAGGGAUUGAUUUCAUAUAUGUAAAGCACAGUGUCCUGCAACCUGAAUCAGGUGCUUUUGACCUAAUAUCUCCAUGCCAUGAGUUUAAGUCUCUUGCUUCAGCUGCUCAAUUGGAUCGCACAAGACUCCAGGCUAAGUUUGCCAAAGAGGUCCUUAAAUUUGCGGCUGGUUGUAUGAAUAUCCGAACAAAUGGCACAAUACACUUUGGUGUGAUGGACAGCAAGGAGGAUGCAGGAUACGUGCAUGGUGAGAUCAUUGGUAUCCCUGUAAAAGACAAAGACAUUUAUGUAGAUGCUUUGGACUACAUUGAAAGGAGUUUCUCCUCGAACGAGGAACAUGUACGCCAGUGUGUGCGGCCACCAAGGUUCAUUGAGGUUAUGGAUCGAGAAAGUACAGAAAAGAGGUAUGUGGUAGAGGUUGACAUUGUGCCUUCAAUAGGUAUUGUUAAGAGCAAGGUGUAUUCGGUUCGUCUGCCAAACUUCAAAGAGUCAACCAACAAAGUAGAAUUUGAGAAAGAAAUGAUUCUGCGGAGGGUGGGUUCAAAAACAGAGCCAGUAAGCGACAAAGACCGAAGUGAUUUUUAUGAGCGAGUCAAAGAUCGGGAUGCCCAAAGAGAAGAAGCAGAGAAAGGUCAGUUCUUCAGCGCUCCAGAAUUCUGCCAAGACCUUGGAAGGAAACUCAAAAUGCUAAUGACUAGUGGGAAGAAAUUAAUUGAAAAGGAGAAAUGGUUCAUACUCGUCACAAACAAAUUCAAACCUGAGGACCUCUGCAACAUUGACUGGCUGCUUAACAUGAACUUAUUCUGUGUGUUUGACUUUGACCCAGACUCAAAGAUUUCAGGUCUUUGCAGUAAAUACCUUCAGCAUCACGCUGCAAACAUGUCUUUGCAGUAA